AUGUCACUUGUCCGUAUCCUCCCGGCGUGCCGCCACGUCGGGCACAACUUCCAUGGCGACCCCGGACGCAUAUUGCACAGCGCAGCUCUGAAGAGUUCGUUGCAGAGCAUCACAUCCUUGGAACUCAACAACUGCAGCUUCCCAUCGCUCCGAAUUUUACUCCGCAUACUGGGACAUAUUACCUGCUUGAAAGAUGUUACUUUCGCAAUUGUCAAAUGGUCAGAUGACCAACUCACAACGGCUGACACCGCGAGUAAUGUCUGCACGGGCGGCUUCGACCAUAUCCGCUCAGUCAUGAUGCGGAGCUGCACGAACAACACGGCAGUACCCGCAUGGAUCCUUGCCGCCGCGAGCACCCGACACUCGUUUGCUAGGCGUCGGACGCCAGGGCCAGCAGUCCCUGCAGAGACGUGGGCCAUCAUCGAGCUCAUCCAGACGUUCUUGGGAGGCAGCGUGUUUAGUUCAGAAUAUCAUGUCAAGGAGGCAGCUGCAGAUUCGUUGGUGCUCUGUCCGUGGAAUCGCCAGUAAUAGGCACCAUAUAUGUCUCAGUCCAGGUCAUCAAGUCAGCAUCCUCCACCGGUGGCAAUGAAGUCUGGUCUGUACGCCAAAUCGUUCUCGCUGAUACGAAUAUAACUACAUUCGAUUCCAAACCACUCCCAUAUUUCUACUCUUGUGAUUGGUCCAUGAUGACUUCUCUUCUGCCCACAUUUCCACAAUUACAGCAGUUGCAGGUCCUCUGUGGGAGGAAUUGCUCUGAAGAAAAUUUCCGCAUGCUCUCUGACAAAGUUGAGGGAGUUGUGAGCAGCCACACACAUCCGGUCGUUACACUUCAACAUGAUCCAGAUUUGCCAGACGGGAGAUACUUGCAGCCGACGCUAUUUGAUCUAACCGAGGAACAUGUAGAGGUGGCACGGGCAGUAAAGGUAUGAACUGGAAAGCAGAAUUCCUUAGCACCUCACUGAGCAAAUUUUCCGCGCAGAGCUGGACCGUACAGCGUAGAGGCAUUUGAGCGUUGGACACGAUUUCGGCGAGAGUGAAGCAGUCGAUUGAUGUCUGCUUCUCAUAUGUUCAGUAUCCUUGUCUACUCUCGUUUGAUCAUAUGCAUGGACUUCUAGUACACAACUCGACGUGCCUGAGUGAUGUCCUACGCCGCUAGAUUGUAGAAGUAGCCGGUACAUGUAGCACGCCAUGAAAGCUUCCCCGAAGCACAUUGUCGAGCGGUGGUCUUGUGCAGGAUGACUUCGUCGGAAUCCACGGC